AUGAACACAUUUGCUAGUGGAUAUUUGGAGAAAAUUCUUGAAAAUGUCAACGGUAAUGAAGAAAGUGUCCAGGAGAUUCCACGACUUGAUGCUUUAGAAUCAGAUAUAAUCUUCAGUGAAGAUGUCGGGGAAUUGCUAGUGGUUCAAGAUGACACGGAACAGCGCUGUUCACUGCUUGACACUACCGUGACCCUACGAAAAUGUGAUGGAUGUGACAUUUUACUUAAUUCGGAAUGUAAUAAAAUGUGCGAUAUUGGCACGGUGCAAUCACAGAUCAAUAAUGCCCGAGCAGAAUCAAAAGAAAACUUACAUAAGCAAGCUAAGCGCAUGAAAUUAAUUUCCGAUGCUUCGCAUCCUCCGGCGAAGGUAGGAAUGACAGUAAGAAUUAAGGUACCGGAAGUUGAUAAAGGACGGGGAGAUUCUCGUGCAAUAUUGGGAUGUUUAUUAACCAAAACGGAUGAUGACUAUUUUCAAAUUGGAAGACGCAAUAGAAUUUUAAAAGGGUUAUAUUCCAGAUCUCAGUUUAGCGUGUGUCCCGAAAAUAUAUUAACGCCAAAUGAUAUUCAAGACAAUGCCAUUGAAUUACCAUUACGAACUAUUGCAACCAAACAGUCGAUAGGUACCGCACAGGGAUUUUCUAAAUGCCAAUGGAAAACAAAAUGCACAACAAAUAGAUGUGCAUGCCUUAAAGCAAAAAAAAUGUGCAAUUCCAAAUGCCAUGGAAGUUUGAAUUGUUCAAACAAAUAAAGUGUUUUUCUUAUUUAUAAAUGUUAGGUGCUUUGGUAUUUUUAUGUUAUAACUAGCUCUAGUGCAAUAAUCAUUAUUCGCUAAACUAAAUUUUAUUUUGAAAUUCAUCAAUUAACGCUUUGACUGCAGUUACUAGCUAAAGUGUUCAUUCCAAUAAAAUGGGAAGUGAAUGUAUGCAUUGGCUAGUAAAUGUAUACAUUACCUGGAAUGUACACUUUGACUGCCACAUAUACACUCCAGCAGAGUAUUAGUCAAACAUACAAUUCAUUACAAUAUAUCAAAUUUACGUUUAAUUAAUGUGGAAAACUGUGAGCGACUAAGACAAAAAACGUCAAUAUGAUUGCAGAAGUCAGUAAAUAAUUUGAUCAACUGAUAGGGAACACCCUUAAUCAAAAAAUUGGUUCUUGGAGUUACUAGGUGAAAAUACAGGUGACGCCCUUAUAGUCCUUUAGGGAACAUGGAAGUUCAGCUGGCUCAGCAACCCAGGGCAAUCCAAUAAUGAAUUGCAAAGUUUAUAUAAAAACUGAAAUAAAAGGUACAUCCUACGAUUCAACAGUGAGGAAACCUUAAACAUAGCAAUAAAUCACUUUGUGGCAGUCCCCUAGCCGGGUAGA